GGUGAGCAUCAUGAGACGUAAGGUAAUUCGCCGGGCUAUUAGCUUCACGAGGAAUGUGACGCGGGUGAAUAUCCCGUCAUGAAUUAGAUUGCGAUAUAUCACAAGCUGGAGGGUGUUUUUGGAAGUGUAUUUAGACCAGGGGUGGUGAAGGAUAGUUUUGCCCCCAAAUUGCCUUGAAUCUCAUUUCUUUUGGUAGUUCUAUAGUGUCAGCACUCAGCUCUGGUUCUGCAACAAACCAAAAACAAUGGCUUCCAAUUCCAAUUCCAAUUCCAAUUCCAAAUCAUACGGUUACGAUUUGCUAUUGGGAUCAAUCGCUGCUUUCUACACUAUCACGGUGCCCUACACCAAAGUCGAAGAGAGUUUCAACGUUCAGGCAAUGCAUGAUGUCCUUUAUCACCGGUUUAACUUAGGCAAUUAUGAUCAUCUUGAAUUUCCUGGUGUGGUUCCUCGCACUUUCAUUGGUGCUUUUCUUGUGUCACUUGUCGCAGCUCCGUUUGCGUUUACUGCAAGUUUGCUUCACUUGCCAAAGUUUUACGCUCUUCUCACAGUUCGGAUGGCCCUAGGGUGCAUCAUACUAUAUACACUAAGAUUCUUUCGUCAUCAGAUAAGGAGCAAAUUUGGGCAUCAAGUAGAAGCCUUCUUUGUGAUACUAACUUCCGUUCAGUUUCAUUUUCUGUUUUAUUGUACUCGUCCGCUUCCUAACAUUCUUGCUUUGGGUUUAGUCAACGUCAUGGUGCUGUACUUUCUCUUGAUUUAUUUUGUAAUGAAUUUGGCAUAUGGAUACUGGUUUGAGGGGCGCUUUUAUGCAGCUCUAAACUCUCUGAUUUUUGCUACAGCUGUGUUCAGAUGUGACAUGCUAUUACUUCUUGGUCCCCUCGGGCUACAACUUCUUCUGACAAAAAAAGUUUCAGUAUGGGGUGCUCUAAAACAUUGCACUGGCAUGGCCUUCUUCUGCAUAGGUCUAACCAUAUUGGUUGAUUCAAUUAUGUGGAAAAGGUUAUUGUGGCCUGAAUUUGAAGUCUUUUGGUUUAACUCUGUACUGAACAAGAGUUCUGAAUGGGGAACACAUGCUUUCCAUUGGUAUUUCACCUCGGCACUUCCUCGUUCAUUGCUUGCUGCAUGCCCUCUUUCCCUGUUUGGCCUCUUUGUAGACAGAAGGGUUCGGUCUUUCACUUUCCCUGUUCUUGCCUUCAUUUUGCUUUAUUCUAAGCUUCCCCACAAGGAGCUUCGUUUUAUUAUAAGUUCAGUUCCAAUACUUAACUUGUCUGCUUCAAUUGCAUGUAACAGAAUUUACAACAAUAAGAAAAAGAUGAUUUGGAAUUUGCUUUUCCUUAUCAUGGUGGGAUUACUUCUUAUGAGUCUUGGAGGCACCAUCACAACUUUCAUGGCAUCAUACUGGAACUAUCCUAGUGGUCAUGCCUUAAAAAAAAUGCAUGGUAUUGGUCUUCACAAUGAUACAGUUGAAAAAUGGGUUCACAUUGAUACGUUUUCAGCCAUGAAUGGGAUAUCUCGCUUUUGUGAAAAUGAUUUCCCAUGGAGGUAUUCUAAAGAAGAACAAAUUAUCUUGCAAGAAUUUCACCUGAGAAAUUUUUCUUUUCUUAUAAAUGAACAUCCUACGGUCAAUGGAUUCAAAUGCAUAUUUACUGAAGAUGGGUUCUCAAGAGUUCGCUAUAAGUUUGGCUUUCCGCCUAUUUUACUGAACCAGAUCUGUUGCACAUCCCAAGCCCCUUCCCAUUCCACACAUACAACACGCAUCCAGCCACUCCUCCUCCCCACCACAUCAACACCCAAAGAAAAAAAGGGGGAAACAUUCAAGAGAGAAGAAGAUCUGAAUUUGCAACCCAGAAUGGCACCACGGAUCUGAGCAUUGAGUGAGAGAGCAAGAGAGAGAUCACGAGUAGAGGGAGAAGGAGAUGCGAGCAGAAGGAGAUGGAGAUUUGAACAUAGCCGAUUGGAACCCUAAUUUCUGGGUAUUGGUUGAGGUCCAGAUGAGGUAGGAGAUGAAGGCCUUGAAGGAGGGUGGCCUCGAAAGGCCAAAGCUUUUAUCUGGGUUUUUGAGUAAACACCUUGAAGAACCUUCCUGGAAGCUCAUGGAAAAGCCAAAGCUUGAUUUGACGAGAUCCGGCGAGCAUGGCUGCCGAUCCGUCGGUGGGUAGGGCACAGAAGCUUAGGGUCGGUUUUCUUCGGAUUUGAGAGAUACCCAGAAUUUUCAAUCAAGCGCUUUCUCCUCCUUCUGAAGAAGGGGGGAAUGUGGCGAAAGCGUUUACUACUUCAUGGUUGUUGUUGCAGGGGCAGAAAAUCUGAGAGAAUUGGAAGUGGAAGGUGGAAGAAGCUGGUUGAAGAAUCAUCUAGAGUGAGAUGAUGCACAGUGGAAGAAGAAGAAAGGGGCAUGGGAAAAAAUAGCAUUAUUGUUGUGAAAAACGAAUUGGCACGUGAAUAGUGAAUAGCUAUGUAAACAAAUUCGUUCCAGUUCCAAAGGAUUGAAUGAAUUGAAAGUUGGGAAUGAAAUUGAAUAGCUAUGAAAAACGUAACCUUGAAAGUUUUGGGUGGUGGAGAAGUUGGGAUGAUGGAGGUUAAUUGGAAGCAGUUUAAUUAGUGUGUCUUAAUCCUUUAAUUUUUUAAUUUUUUUAGGAUUUAAAAGAAAAAAAUUCCACCUGGCCUCAGUAAACUGACGUGGCCAUGCCACAUGGCCACCGGAGCUCCGGGGGCGUUGACCCAGAGCUCCGGAGGGACUAAAACCAAACUUUUUGACAAAGGAUAGGAACUAAAACCCACCUUUGCUCCGGCGAGGGACUAAUACCAAGCAUUUAGUAAAGGUUAGGGACGAAAAACUUAUUUAAGCCAAAAUUUAAUGAUCUUAUUUUUGACCCUUUGCAGGUUAAAGAACCCAAAGUGUAUGUCCAUGGAAAUUUAGAAAACAAGGAUGUUGUCAGCAGAAGUUGGCCUGGCUGCCCAUAAUCCUUUCUCUGGCAUGAUCGUCUUUUAAAAGUUAAUGUUUGAGAAAUGCUAGUUUCCUUUGUCUCCCUUUUCUCAUAGUGCCCAUGGGGAUUGAGAAAGCACUUUUUCGUAGUGUUGGAAUUGUUCAUCCCCACUAACAGUUUCCUGUCUCGUCUAGUUGAUGAGAACUAGGAUGAUAAGGUAGAAUAGUUGAUCUUGUAAUUGUAGCAAUUCGAACGUUGAUUCCUGUGUGAAACAACUAUAUCUGAUGUUUGAGGUGCAUAUGUCAGAUUCAUAAUGGUGCAACUAUCUGCUCUGGGUUCCCAAUAUGAUUGUGCAAACACCCAUAACAAUAACAUAUUUUGAUUCGAGCAUUUGUUCAUAUAAUCGAACGAAAGAAAGAGUCAUUUUCAUA